CGAAAAAUCGAGAGGAAACUGAAACCGCCGUCCGCCGAUAGCUGAACGACAUCGACACCGGCAAUAUUAACUUUUUGCAACAUUCAUAUUCCGUUCACGACUUCGUGUUCACAUUCAUUUUGCACGUCAAAGGUUUUCUCUUCAGUGUCGAGAUAAAAUAUUAAUUUCAACCCACCAUCAUGUCCACCAAGGAGCAAUUCGACAAAGCCGCCGAAGAUGUCAAGAACUUGAAAACCUCACCAUCCGACAAUGACCUUCUGGAAUUAUACAGCCUAUACAAACAAGCAACUGUUGGCGAUUGCAAUACCGAUAAACCGGGUUUCUUGGACUUUAAAGGCAAGGCCAAGUGGGAGGCAUGGAAUAAAAUAAAGGGCAAAUCAUCUGAUGAUGCCCAGAAGGAAUACGUUGACAAAGUCAAUGCCCUUAUUGCAUCGAUUGGAAUUAAGGCAUAGAGCGGAGCCAGCCUUUUUUUAAACGCACAAUUUUUAUAGUAAACGAAUGUAUAAAAAAUCUUUACUAAUUUUAAGCACAAAAUUAGCGCAUUUUGUUAGGUCUCUUCACGCACAAUGAAAGACAAAAAGAAAAAAAUGAAAUAGUUGCUUUAGCUAUAUACCUAUUAUAUUAUUAAAAUGUAUUUUGUUGUAAUUUGCACAAAGCUUUCUUUUCUACAUUUACACGAGUAAUACAUAUAUUAAUUUGUUUUUGUAUUAAAUUAAUUUAUAGGGUGAAUGCAAUAAAAAAUUUACUCUUAAAUACAUUUUUUAAAAAGAA